CGGAAGUCUAUUCGCCUUCAUCGAAAGCUUUCGGCUUCGAACUUGCUAUCGCGCUACAAGCUGAAAGCUGUGGUCUCAUGUGGUGGCCUUUUCAAUGAGAUUUACGAUAAUUACGCGUUUGGAGAAGAUGGCAGAGACAUCGAUAUCGAUUCUGAACCCGAAUAUAUGAUCAUACUGUCGUGUGUCUUCAUCAUUCAAUUUAUCGUGGCAGUCGUUUGCCUCGGGAAAUGUCUCCGAAAGCAGUCUGGAAGAGGUGGGCAACUUUAUCUUUCCAAAUCAACUUUUGUCGUGAGGAGUGGAUGGAAAAAAUCGGAUGCGGCUGUGAAGUGGGAUGCUCAGAAAGCAUUCAGUUGUUGCGGAUUGGAGAAGGGGAGCCAGGGAAGUGCUGACUGUAAAAAGCUUCAAUGCUGGAACCAAUGUGAGCCAUGUCUUCCUAUUAUUGUCGAUGUAACGAGCAGUAAUCUGUCAAGAGUUGGACUGCUGGGACUUUUCUUCAGUUUUACCGAGCUGGUUGGAGUAUGGUUGGCGUAUCGUUUCCGCAACACGAGAGAUCCCAAGAUUGAUCCAGAAACACUAUUCCUUUGA